AUGGAUCUUCAAACAUACCUGCCCAGUAAAAAGAUCAGAGCUCAUCCAUCCUCCUCCUGUGUUUUCCUACCUGUGUGACUUUCAGAGACUCAUUCCCUCACUUACAUCUACACUGGACUCUCCAAACCCGUUGGACUGCCGGGCAUCCACGAGUUCACAGCCAUGGGUUUGCUGGACGGCAGGAUGAUCGAUUACUAUGAUAGCGAGAAUCAGACAAAAGUUCCCAAACAGGAGUGGAUGAGAGAGCAUUUACCUGCUGAUUACUGGGAAAAAGGCACACAGUCCCGCAGGAUCAAGCAGCAGUGGUUCAAGGUCAACAUCGGCAUCCUGAUGGAGCGAAUGAGACAGAAUGACUCUGCCUCCCCUCAUGUUCUUCAGUGGAUGGUGGGCUGUGAGGGUGAGACGCAGCCUAACGGCGCGCUCAGGUUUGUCCACGGCAUGAGCAAGUAUAACUAUGAUGGAAACGACUUCCUGUCCUUUGAUGAUAAAAGCAGAGUCUGGGUCGCUCCAGUUAAAGAGGCACUUCCCUCAAAGACAAAGUGGGACGAUAACCAGGUGCUGAAAGAGUACACCAAGGGAUACCUGGAGAACGAGUGCAUCGAUUGGCUGAGCAAGUCUGUGACUUCUGAACAAAAGCAGCUGAAAAAAGCCCCUCCACCUGACGUGUACGUGUUUGCAAAGAAGUCCAGAGUGGAGACGAACCUCACCCUGACCUGCCUCGCCACAGGCUUCUACAGCAAAAACAUCAUUGUGAGGAUCAGAAGAAAUGGGCGUGUUCUGACUGAAGACGACGGCCUGAGUAGCUCAGGAGUUCUUCCGAAUAACGAUGAGACCUUCCAGAGACGAGACCAUGUGGAGAUUUUGAAGUCUGACCUGUCGAAGUUCAGCUGUGAAGUCGUUCAUGAGGCGACCCGUGUGGAUGUUGUGAAGACUUGGAAGAACGGUGACCAUCCAGAGGAACCUGGAUCUGGAGCUCGGAUCGGUGCAGAGGGUGUUGCCUUGGCUGUGAUUGCUCUUGUUUUUGGUGGAGGUCUGGGUCUGAUAUGCUUGCAUAAAAAAGGCUGUCUUAGAGGCAGACGUGUAGCCAACGACGACCAAGGAAGUGUAGCAGUGGUUGUAACAAAUGUUGAGGCUGACAAUGAGAAGGUUGAGGAAGACGAGGGUAAUGAAGACGAGGCUGAGGAAACCAGUCUCAGAAGCAGCACGGCUGAUGGCUCUGACAAAAAAACAAGGCUCAGGAUUCACACUAAAGCUUCUGCCACAGAGAAUAUGGACUGAGGUCAUGCUAAAUCCAGUGCCUCCAGCUGUAUCCCUGCCUUUGACCUUUCCUCUUUGGCCCCCAUGAAAAAUCCAGCAUCACUAAUUUAGGUGUGAAAAUGGACCCCAGCCUAAAACUCGACUCACGUGUCAAAGCUGUGGUUAAGUCCUCCAUCUUUCAGUUGAGGCAGCUGUCAAAAAUUAAGUCCAUCCUGUCUAGAUGCCACCCAGAGACACAGAUCCAUGCAUUUAUCACCUCUCGUCUGGCUUAUUGUAAUUCUCUUUUGAUUGGAAUUAGCAGGGCCCUCACGUCAGCAGCUGGUACAAAACGCUGCUGCACGAUUUUUAACUGGUACAAGCAAACCAGAGCACAUAGCCCCGGUUUUAGAGUCAUGUUCAUGUAAUGUCAUGUAAAAUUCUUUUAUUUGUUUUCAAGUCUCCUAAUGGUCUUGCCCCGCCUUAUUUUUCUGAGAUAUUUCACCCUUACAUGCUGUCACGUGCUUGUAGAUCAGCUAACCAGGUGCUUUUGACUCUCCCAAAGACAUUUUAUAAAUCCAGAG